UUUCCUGUUGUGAACUCAGUGGGCCGCUGUUUACCAGCGUCCUGCUUUUAAAAUUCUGUUUUUCUGAGGACAACCCUUUUCCUCUCAGAAGGGAUAACGACUCCGUGGCGUACAGCAGCGCUGAAACGGAUAAAAACGAGACACAAGCAAUAUGAGACAUUUUCGCUGGGAAUUGUUUUAUUUUUCCUAAGAGAUUUAGGGUUUUGAUUUUGAUCGCUAACAUUGGAUGCAAAGGAAUAUUACAUUUUCAUUCGACGGAGGUGCUCAGCGGAACAAUGAGGCGGCAAGUACUGUUGUUUCUCGUAGCCCUGUGUGUCAGCUCUGUGCUCGGCCAAGUCAGCUAUUCCAUUCCUGAGGAAAUGGCCAAGGGUUCGUUGGUCGGUAACAUUGCUCAUGAUUUAGGUUUAGAUGUUCAACGCCUGCAGUUGCGUAAAGCUCGCAUCCACACGGGUGACAGCUCAGAAUACAUUCAGCUUAACAAAGAAAAAGGACUCCUUCUUCUCAAAGAAAAAAUUGACCGAGAAGCUCUCUGUGGCCAGACAACGCCUUGCGCUUUGCAUUUUCAGAUUGCCUUAGAAAAUCCAAUAGAAAUAUUUCCAGUUACUGUUGAAAUCACUGAUAUUAAUGAUAAUGCUCCGUUGUUCGACAAAGAAGAGAGAAUGUUUGAAAUCAGUGAAUCUGCGGUCAUUGGCUCUAAGUUCAUGCUGGAGAAAGCAUUAGACCCUGAUAUCGGACUGAAUGGUCUUCAGAGCUAUACACUAAAGCCAAGUGAUAAUUUCAUUCUUAAAUUGCAUAGUCAAUCUGACGGCAGUAAAAGAGUCGAAAUGAUUUUGCAGAAACCACUCGACCGAGAAAAGGAGGAGAUUGUUUCGUUAUUAUUAACAGCAGUAGAUGGGGGAGAACCCCAGAGAUCUGGGACUAUGCAAAUCCAUAUUACAGUAUUAGAUGCUAAUGAUAAUGCUCCUGUUUUUACACAACCUGUUUACAAAGCAAGUCUUAAAGAAAAUUCGAUCAAAGGGACACUUAUUACCCAGGUAAGUGCUUCUGAUUCAGACAAAGGGUCGAAUGGAGAGGUUAGUUAUGUAAUCGGAAAUAGCAGAAGUGCUUCUAAAUUAUUUGAAGUUACUGAAGACGGUCAGCUUCUAUUAAAUGGACCUAUUGACUAUGAAAAGGCCAAAAAAUAUGAGAUAGAUAUAGAAGCAGUUGACCAAGGAGGUCUUUCUGAUUACAGCAAAAUAAUAAUUGAUGUAGGUGACAUUAAUGACAAUAGUCCUGUUAUAAAUGUGAUUUCGACAUCACAUUCAAUAGGAGAAGAUUCUCGUUCUGACACUGUGGUAGCUGUAAUGAGUGUAAACGAUCCUGAUUCAGAAGAAAAUGGAAACGUAAGAUGUGUAAUUAAUAAAAACAUACCGUUUGUAAUCACUUCUACUUCUAGUAACUUUUAUAGCAUUAUAACAGACAACGAAUUAGACCGAGAGAGAGCUUCUGAUUAUAAUAUAACAGUAACCUGCUCUGAUGAAGGAGUACCCUCCCUCUCCAGCAGCGUCACUCUCACCUUACAGAUCUCUGAUGUCAAUGAUAACCCUCCUGUCUUUGAGAGGAGCUCAUAUGAGGCCUACAUUAUAGAAAACAACACACCUGGUCUCUCUAUAUUCACAGUGACAGCCACAGACUCUGAUUGGAACCAGAAUGCCCGUGUUUCUUACAUACUGGAGGACUCCUCUGUUAACGGAGUGCCAGUCUCCUCAUAUGUGUCCGUUAGUGCUGAUAGUGGAGUCAUCCAUGCAGUUCGUUCUUUUGACUAUGAGCAGAUCAAGGAUUUCCAGUUCAGGGUCAAAGCUCAGGAUGGAGGCUCCCCUCCACUCAGUAGUAAUGUGACUGUGAAAAUAAUGAUCCAGGACCAGAACGAUAACGUCCCUCAGGUUCUGUACCCAGUUCAGACUGGUGGCUCUCUGGUGGCUGAAAUGGUGCCUCGUUCAGCAGAUGUGGGCUAUCUGGUCACUAAAGUGGUGGCUGUCGAUGUGGACUCUGGACAGAAUGCCUGGCUCUCCUAUAAACUGCAGAAAGCCACAGACAGGGCGCUGUUUGAGGUGGGCUUACAGAAUGGAGAAGUCAGAACUAUCCGCCAAGUCACUGAUAAAGAUGCAGUCAAACAAAGACUGACUGUUAUAGUUGAGGACAACGGACAGCCCUCUCGUUCAGCUACAGUCAUUGUAAACGUGGCGGUGGCGGACAGCUUUCCUGAAGUGCUGUCUGAGUUCACUGACUUUACACACGACAAGGAGUACAAUGAGAACCUGACUUUUUACUUAGUGUUGGCUUUGGCUGUAGUUUCCUUUUUAUUCAUCACGUGUGUGGUGGUCAUCAUAUCAGUGAAAAUCUACAGAUGGAGACAGUCUCGCAUCCUGUAUCACUCCAAUCUUCCAGUGAUUCCAUAUUAUCCACCACGUUACUCCGACACUUUGGGGACAGGGACUCUCCCACACGUGUACAACUACGAGGUGUGCAGGACGACUGACUCCAGAAAGAGUGACUGUAAGUUUGGCAGAGCUGGUAGUCAGAACGUGCUGAUAAUGGACCCCAGUUCAACAGGGACGAUGCAGAGGAUACAGAGUGAAAAGAGCAUCCUGGAUGAACCAGACUCUCCUCUAGAGGUUAGCAUGAUCAUAUUCCUAUUUAUCACGCUUUCUUUUCAUUGUAUUUCAAUUGUCUCAGAGUUGAGUCUGAGAUAUUGAUUCAGUACCAUGGAC